GAGUCAUUGCUUGCGUCUUCUUUUACCAAAUCUUUAGAAUUCACUCCAAGCUUCGUUUCUGCUUGCGUGCCGCAAGCCGGGACUCAAGAUGGCCAACCUCAAUGUCGACGAGGUGUUGAAGAAGCUGACGCUGUCUGAGAAGGUCGACCUCCUCUCAGGCAUCGACAUGUGGCAUACGAAGGCUGUUCCCGAACUUGGCGUCCCUUCAGUACGAACAUCCGAUGGCCCCAACGGCGUUCGUGGAACCAAGUUCUUCAAUGGGAUCAAAGCAGCAUGCUUCCCAUGCGGCACGGGCCUCGGCGCAACAUUCAAUCUCGCGUUGUUGAAAGAGGCUGGAAAGUUGAUGGGCGAUGAGGCCAAGGCCAAGGGUGUACACUGCAUCUUGGGUCCAACAAUCAAUAUGCAAAGAUCACCCCUUGGUGGUCGAGGCUUUGAGUCCCUGGGCGAGGAUCCUUUCUUAGCCGGCUUGGGGGCCGCGGCUCUUGUUAACGGUAUCCAGUCAACGGGUGUUCAAGCUACGAUUAAGCACUUUGUUGCAAACGACCAUGAACAUAAGCGUAAUGCUGUUCAGGUCAUGGUCACGGAGAGAGCUCUGCGUGAGAUCUAUGCCUUACCGUUUCAGCUAGUCGUCAAGGACGCCCACCCGGGAGCUUUCAUGACCGCAUACAAUGGUGUAAACGGCAAAUACUGUAGCGAGAACGAAAAGCUCCUUGAUGGUUUGCUACGAAGGGAGUGGGGUUGGGAAGGGCUGGUUAUGAGUGACUGGUGGGGCACUUAUAGCACGACCGAGGCUGCUUUGGCCGGUUUGGACCUGGAAAUGCCUGGCCCUACGCGUUUCCGUGGCGAUGUUCUAAAGUUCAAUGCCCAGACAGACAAAGUUCGCGAGCACAUUAUUGAUCAGAGGGCGAAGACUGUGCUCGAGUUCGUCAAGAAGUGUUACGCCAGCGGCGUCGAGGAGAAUGCUCCAGAGGGGACCCUCGACACACCGGAAACAGCCGCGGUGCUUCGCAAAAUCGGUAACGAGGGACUUGUGUUACUUAAGAACGAGAAUGAUGUACUGCCAUUCAAGAAGGACAAGAAGACGGUGGUUAUUGGCCCAAAUGCGAAGAUUGCAACAUAUCAUGGAGGAGGCUCCGCAGCCCUUGCCUCCUACUACGCAGUCACACCAUUUGACGGCAUCAAGGAGAAGCUCGAAAAGGAACCAGAUUACACCGUUGGCCAAUACUCGCACAUGAUGCUUCCACUACUUGGUUUCUCUACAAAGUCGGCUAACGGAAACCAAGGAAUGACCAUGAAGAUUUUCAAUGAGUCGCCAGAUGUUUCCGACAGGAAGCCUUUCCAGGAACUGGAGAUCUUGAAGACAGACACAUUCCUUGUCGACUUCCAUCAUCCAGGCCUGAAGUCGGAGCUCUUCUAUGCUACUCUUGAGGGCUCAUUGACUGCAGAAGAAGACUGCAAGUUCGAGCUCGGGUUAGUAGUGUGUGGAAGCGGUAACCUAUAUGUGAACGGCGAAUUGGUUAUUGAAAACACCACGAAGCAGAUUUUGGGCACCGCCUUCUUUGGAUGUGGCACUAUUGAGGAGAAGAGCGUCUACAAAUUCGAGAAGGGCAAGACGUACGACGUUAAGGUUGAGUUUGGCUCAACUCCGACUUCCAAACUUGCUGAUCAGGCAGUCCUCAUGCGUGGUGGUGCUCUUCGCAUCGGUGGGUGCAAAGUCAUCGACCCUAAAGCUGAGAUCGAGCGUGCUGCGGCGCUCGCCAAGGAUGCUGACCAAGUCAUCGUUUGCGCUGGACUCAAUGCCGACUGGGAAACUGAGGGAGCAGACCGUGAUCAUAUGGGUCUGCCUCCUGGCAUGGAUGACUUGAUUGCCGCGGUAGGCAAAGCCAACCCUAAUACGGCCGUCGUCUUGCAAUCGGGCACGCCUGUGGAGAUGCCAUGGAUAAACAAUGUCAGUGCUGUCGUACAGGCAUGGUAUGGUGGCAACGAAACCGGAAACGUCAUUGCGGAUGUCCUAUUCGGAGACGUCAACCCAUCUGGCAAGCUCAGCUUGAGCUUUCCCGUGCGCGGCCGGGAUAACCCAGCAUUCUUGAAUUACCGCACAGAGGGUGGGAGGGUUCUCUACGGAGAGGAUAUCUACAUCGGUUACCGAUACUACGAGUUCGCCCAGCGCGAGGUGCUUUUUCCGUUCGGUCACGGCUUGAGCUACACGACGUUUACAUUUUCAGAUCUGUCCGUCUCCGAGAAGGACGGCAGGCUCACGGUCGCAGUUUCCAUCAAGAACACUGGUAAGGCAAAGGGCGCCGAGGUGGCACAGGUAUACGUGGCGCCCAAGCAAAAGUCCAAGGUCAACAGACCCGUCAAGGAAUUGAAGGGCUUCUCCAAGGUUGAGCUUGCUCCAGGAGAGAGUAAGACUGCCACCGUGGAGAUCGAGUCCAAAUAUGCCGGCGCAUACUGGGACGAGGAACGCGAUAAGUGGUGCGUCGAGGCCGGCGAGUAUGAUAUCAUUGUGAGCGAUAGUAGUGAUGUGAAGGAUGGCAAGGCUGUAAAGGCUUCCUUCCAGGUGCAGAAGACUUUCUGGUGGUCUGGUCUGUAAGUGAUGGUUUCAACCUAGUAAUGAUGAGC